AUGUCGUCCCACGCAUCGCAUAGCGUGCCAAGUGUAGAUGAGAUUCAUGCGUCGAUCUUUCAGGCGUUUGGACAAGACGAAGGCGGUCAGUUUUUCGAUAGCACCGAGAAAAAGUGCAGUGCCUGGAGUGAUGUCGGUAUUGAUCCAAUGCAGCCUGAGUCAGGUUCAGGUACAGGUGUUACGGACAAAGACGCGUCAUUACGGCCCCCAACUAGCACGCAGAACGGCAGCAAAGUGAAAAAUCAAGACAAACGGCAAUCUCCUGUGACACGAAAAAGGCCGCGGAAUACCUGUUCUAAUUUUCGGUCGAAGGACAUCCCGAUGGAUCGCAAACAGCUGAGAGAUGCGUCCUCGAACCCUCUCUUACCGCGCAGAAACGGGAACAAGGAAUACCCAAGACCUGCUGCCCGUCAGAGACCGAUCAAGAUAAAAGGUCCACGAAAAAAGGAGGAAGCGCAAAACGUUUUGACAUGCAGCGGUCGACCCACAGUCGCCAGGGCAAUGGAGAAAGUUCCACAGAAUGGAAAUAAGCGAACUAGACUUCAUGAGCGCCGAAUCCCGGAUGACAAGGUUCAGCACAAGGUGCAUCCUUCAGUUCUGAAGGAGCUUAAUUCUGUGACAUGUUUCGUAUGUGAAGAAUCUACCCAUGACGACAGCUUGGUUCUAUGCGAUGCAUGUUUUGGGGGCUGCCAUGUAUUUUGCAUGCGUCCAACGCGAAAAACAAUUCCUUUAGGAGCUUGGCUGUGCCCAGGCUGCCAUCACGCUGCAAAAAUACAUGACAUACCAGUGUCUCAGAUGGUUGAUUUGAGAUGGUUCUUGAAUUGCUUAGAAUGCUACAGACGAAAUGACCCGGACAUGAAAUUGGAUUGUGACAAAGCAUGCGCCACCUGCAAAAUAGCUUUCCAUAGCGCAUGUCUUCUGCUCUAUAAGAAAGCGACAAGCAGCCAAUUGAAGAAUCCUGGGUGGAAAUGCCCCGCCUGUGUACAGCUACCAGACAGUGACAAGCCUGCCAGCCCUAAGGGCUCAAACCCCAAUAGAUUUAAUAUAGAACAUGCGAAAGGCGUCAUUUCGAAACCAGUAUCUACUCCGGAUGGCAAGCAAGAAAUGAAAUUCAAUCAUUUUAUAACGCCAGAUGUCAAGAAUGCCGUUCCAAGACAUGAGUCACGGGUGGGACGAGAAUCGUCUGUGAAGCAGGAGCAGACCGCUCUCUGUCAGACUUGUUACACAACAGAAAGAUCUGGACUAACAACUGUCAGCCAUGAGAUAGCGUGUGAGGCGCAGGCAGAUACUGUCGAGAUAGGCGCGGCAUGCAAUCGUUUUGUGCAUGAGAGCGUACGAGGUCAAGAUUUUGACUUCCAAAGUAUAAAAUCAGAGGCGAUACUGAGGACAAGCUACCCAAACGUGAAUGUCGACGAAGAGGAUGAAGUGCUUGACGGAAGUGGGCUGAAUACGUUCCUAUAUGCACAAUCCGGCAGAAAUUCAUAUUUGAAAGCUGAUUCCUCUCGCCGGAAGACAUGCAAUGUCUCUUCAUUACUUCGUUCUUCGGUGGCGGAACAAAACUUCACUGGUUCCAAGGUUUUAAAACGAAGGUUUUCAAGCGACAUCAUUUCUAGUCGAAACCCCAGGAACACGAAAGGUCAAGACGGACACGAUUUCCCCACACGAAAGAAGUACAAAUAG